CAUGAAUUCAGUUUGACAUGUUGGAAGUUGAGAGAUGAGCGCAGACGACCUAUGACAAAUUGUGCCUACAGGUCAGGGCGUAUUUCGUAAGAGCCUCGGACCAAUGCAGAACUAAACUACGGAGUGUGACCGGUCACUCUGUCCAGUUGUUUGUCAUGUUUUAAAGUUGGCAGGCAGUUGUCGGGCAAUGCUAAAGGACGAGCGCACAUGCUAGCGCUGCCCCAGUGUCACUGCCUAUGAGUCACAGAGAGCUGUGCUGUUUUGUUCGUCACAAACAGUAGUUUGUUUUCGUGUGUGGUUGUCAGUCGCGGUGUGUUAUGUAAGGGUCUUUAAAAAGAAAGGAGAUAUUUUACUUUCUUUUCAGCCAGCAAGGACAGCUUUACUUCAGAGAGGAGGACUUUGUUUGGCUUGGACAGUGGAGAUCUUCACUCUAUUUGGACUGAAAUGAUCAUAGACUGCGGUUGACCGAGGAACAGACGGUCUCAGAACAAUGACUUCAGAUGACUGGAGUGAACGCUAAGUGUGAAGUUCAUCGCCUGCAAGGAUUUACUUUAACUGACAAAUCCCAGUGCACUGUUCUCUUCCUAUAAUGUUGGAGGGACUUGUUGCCUGGGUGCUCAACACAUAUCUGGGCAAAUAUGUGAGCAACCUUAAUACUGACCAGCUCUCUAUUGCUCUUCUCAAAGGGGCAGUGGAGUUGGAGAACCUCCCACUAAGAAAAGAUGCUCUCCGAGAAUUUGAUCUGCCCUUUGAGGUCAAAGCAGGGGUCAUUGGGAAGAUCACCCUCCAGAUCCCCUUUUAUCGACCACACAGUGACCCAUGGGUCAUCUGCAUGUCCCAGCUGAACCUGAUUAUCGGCCCUGUGCCCCCACAGGAAUAUGAUGAUGUGCGAGAAAGAGAAGCUGAGAGAGAGCAGAAGAAACAGCUGCUCAAGGCACUAGAGGACAAGUGGAAGAGUGAAUGUGAGCAGAAAGGAGAAUCUUACUGGUACUCUGUCACAGCGUCUGUUGUGACUAGAAUAGUUGAGAAUAUAGAGUUGAAAAUUCAAGGUGUCCACUUACGAUUCGAAGACGAUUUCUCCAACCCUGAGAAACCCUAUGCCUUUGGUGUUUGUAUCAAGAAUGUAUCUGCACAGAACUGCUCCAAAGAACCAGCUCAGAAGCUUAUUCGGCAGAAGGAGCUGGAAAUCGGUGAAUUCAGUGUGUACUGGGACACGGAGUGCACCAUGCUUGGCGAUCUUCCCUCAACAGAAGUACAGGAGAUGAUGAGUAAAUGUAUGCAGAGCCGUGAGCAUCAGUAUAUAUUUGAGCCAGUAUGUGCCUCUGUGCUGGUGAGGAGGAAUGCCUCUAAAGAACCACUACGAUCUCAUAACACGCCUCGCAUUGAGGGCCAAGUGCAGUUGGAACCCCUCUCACUUCGUCUGUCACAGGUUCAGUAUCAACAGAUGAUGGCAUUCCUCAAAGAACUGGACCGGCGAGAAAGGGAGAUGCUUUUUCGAAAGUGGAGACCGAAAAAUCCCAUUUCUGGAAACUGUCGGCAGUGGUGGAUGUUUGCUAUUAAUGCCAACCUGAAUGAGAUCAGAGAACAGCGCAGACAGGGAAGCUGGGACUUUGCUCUGCACAGGGCGCGUAAUGCCAAACUCUACACAAGCCUAUAUUUCCAGAGGCUUAAGGGAGUUACUUUGAGUCCACAGGAGGAGAGUGAGUUAGAGAGGAUUGAAGAUGAACAGACACUGGAGGAGUUGCAGAUUCUCCGGGAAACUGUUUAUGUCUCCUUCCGCAAACAUGAGGAAAUUGCAGAGAGUCUACGAGAGCCAAUGAUAAACGAGACCCCAGCCUCCUCUCCCUCAGGCUCUAUACCUAAAAGUGGGAGUUCUGGCAUGAUCCAGUAUCUGCAGUCUUGGUUCCCAGGCUGGGGUGGAUGGUAUGGGGGAAGUGAAAGAGGGCCAGAUGGGCAACCAGUUUCAGAUGACCUUUUACCAGGCACUGCCCAGUGGGAAAUUCUUGCUGAGACAGAUGAUCUCUUUGAUCCUUUGGAGGAUUCACAAACACUGAAUACCUUUACAAGAAGGGAUCAUCUCUUUGCACGGUUGGACUUUAUCCUUGAGAAAGCAGCUGUCACCCUGUACCAUCAAGACAAAAUGAAACCUCUUUCGAAUGAGAGCGGGGUUAUUCAGCUGGAGUUUUCAGGUGUGAAGAUCAGAGUUGAGUCUCUUCCUCGCUCAGAGUCUUCAUUACUCUCAGUGAAACUUGGUGGGCUGUUUCUCCGUGAUCUCACUACCCAGGGCUCCAUCUUUCCUGUCCUUGUUUCACCAAAACCAGACAAGGUUGCUGUUGCUAUCAGUCAACCUUUUGAGCAGACUAACUGCACAGAAAUGAGCAAUCUAUCCUCUGAUGUGGAAUCAUCAGCCCCUCCUGUAUUUGAGAUGAUUUAUGAACGUAAUCCAAUAAGGAGCAAAUUUGAGAGGAGACUGGAGGUCAAUACCAGUCCUCUCAAUAUCAUUUAUAACCCUCAGGCUAUCAAGAAAGUGGCUGAGUUUUUCUACAAAGGAAGGGUCCACACCUCAGGAUUCGGAUAUCAGUCUGAGUUAGAGCUGAGAGUGGCUGAAGCAGCCAGGAGGCAAUACAACAAGCUCAAGAUGCAAACCAAGGCAGAAAUCAGACAAACCAUUGAUCAGCUGCUAGUUGGAGAGUUCAUUGAGAACAGUAAGCAUUGGACUAUGAAAUUAGAUAUAUGUGCCCCUCAAGUCAUCUUCCCAGAUGAUUUUCAGUCUGAAGACCCCAUGCUAGUUGUGGUAGACCUUGGGCAUAUUCUUCUUACUAAUUCCCAAGAAGAUCAUAAAACAAAUAUUAAGACCUCUCUGACAGACGGAGAAAGUGAUGAAGAAUUCCAGACACCAUUAGCAACACCUCCUGGGACUCCGCCUCCAGAGAAAGAGGUGGAUGUCAAAGGUCAGGAGAGGCCCUGUGAUAUUACCAGCCUUAAGUCACCAGAAGGUGCCCAAAUAGUCAGCAAGAACCUAUAUGAGAAGUACUCCUUAUCUUUCAAAGACCUCCAGAUCAUGGUUGGUCACUAUAAAGACAACUGGAAGCAUCUGCAGGACAGUGAAGUGGGCCCCACUCAUGUGGUGGAGAAAUUCAAUGUCCUACUUCAGCUAGAGCAAAGACUGCGAUACACAUCAGACCCUCAGUUUCCAGGGGCUGUUCUCUCAGGGACACUACCAGACCUCAAAGUGCACAUCAACCUGGAGAAGAUGACUGCCCUGAGAAGCUGCCUGGCUAGACUUGGUAAUUCAGGGGCAGAAGGAGAUGACAAACAGUGGGAGAACCUCAAAUCCCCUGACCCUCUUAUACUUCGUCAUGAGAAGAUCUUUCAGAGGGAAGAUAGUGAUUGGAAGCUCCAGAGUUCUGAUAAAAAUCUUACCAAGAGUGUGAUGACACUUGAGCAACAUACUCGAGAGGUGCUUGUGGAAUCUAGACUUCUCCUUGUAGAGUUUGGAAUCAAUUACAUGCAACUUGGCAUUGAAAGUGGAGGCCGGUAUAUUUCUGUUCUGAAAGUAUUUGGAACAAAUGCACAUUUUGUAAAGCGACCUUAUGAUGCUAUGGUUUCCCUCACAGUCCAUGGGCUCUACCUUGUGGAUACACUGCAGACGUAUGGCUCUGACUUUGAUCUUCUUGUUGCAUCUCAUAAACACCUAAGUUUUGAUGUACCUACUGGAAGUCUGCGAGAGAGCCAGCCCACAUCACCUGUCUCACCAGACGGUAAAUCUCCAGAACUGCCAGGUUUGCACAGGGACUCCUCAGGUCUUGAUUUUGACAAGGCAUCUCCACAGGGCUCUCCCCUGCGAGACCAGGAGGUACUCAUUAAGUUGGAAUACCAGUUUGUCAGCUCAGACUGCCCCUCUAUGAACUUGGACAGCUCUCUUCAGGUCACCUCCAUGCAGGUCAACAACCUCGAUAUCAUCCUUAACCCUGAAACAAUGGUAGAGCUUUUAAAAUUCCUUCAGCAGUCUUUCCCCAAAGAUGAAAACUCUCAAACACAACAGCUAGCACCACUGCCUAAUGGAGAAGAGAAUGAGGAGAGCUAUCAGUCCACUUAUGUCCAGAAUAAGGAGUUAACUGUUGAAAUUCACAGGUUAAACUUGCUGCUUUUGCGAACUGUUACCACCGGGACUGUUUUGGGUGGUGAGAAAAAAGGCAUGAAAAUUGCUACGGCCAGUAUAAAUGGGACAAAAGUCAAUGUUUCAAUGGGAAGUAGAUUGGAUGUCAAUGGUUCUCUAGGAUGCAUUCAGCUCGUAGACUUGACUCAGGAAGGUGGCAGAAAUCAGUUUGUGGUCAGUAUUGGAAGUGUAGAAGACAGCUUCUCCACAGAUGGUGUGGCAUUCUUUUCUAUUGCUGGCAUGGCACCCUCUGAAGCUUUGAGUUUCCGCUUUAUGGAAAAAUCUCAGGGAGAAUGCUCCCUCCAACUUCAGAUGGCAUCUUUACACUAUAACCACUCAGCAAAGUUCCUGAAAGAACUCAGUUUAUCAGCAAAUGAAGUAGAGGACAACUUCAGGUCUAUGCUGAAGACUGCAGCUACAAAGGUCUCUACUGUAUUGGCAACAAAAACAGCAGAGUACAGUGGUAUGGUAUCUCUCUUUGAGAACCCAUACAAAAGAUCUAGGAGGCAGAGUCAGUGUAACUGGACACUUGACCCUUUUGAGGAAGAUGAUUUCUGUGUCCCUAAAAAGGAACCAGGCUUGGAUUCUUUUCUGGUCAAGCUGACUCUAGAUGUCAGUAUAGAAUCCCCAGUGGUGUCUAUUCCUAGAAAACCUGGUCACCCUGAGCUGCUUGUUGGACAUUUAGGGAGCAUACGAAUUCAAAACUUUCUUACAGGGCAUGACUCAGAAGGAGAGAAACUGCAGGUUGAAAUUAAAGAUAUAAGACUCUAUUCAGUCAACACAAGCAACUUGGUUUUAAGAAAAGGAGCACGACUUAGCAGCUCCACAUCUGGACCCUCACCUUCUCAUGGUGGCAACAUUAAUCUGAACGAGCCACAAUUUACACGACAUGACUUCUUUGAGUACUUAAGCCGAGGAAAAGCAUUUCAUAUUCUAAAAGAUGCCACCAUUCAGCUCACUAUUGAGAAAGUCCCUGUUGAUGAAAACUUACACUUUACCUUUUCAUGUGAAGAACCUUACCAGAGCAGUGGGCUAAUGAAAGUGGAAGGCAGAUUUGUUAAUGCCAUCCAGGUGUGUCUGUGCAAGUCUGUGUAUGAGCAGGUCCUUCAGACUCUCGAUAAUCUCUCCUUCAUCGAAGAUCAGAGAGUUACGCCCAGUCAGCCCCCCUCACCACCACCUCCCACGCCUUCCUCCACUAAACCACAUCGCUUCCCUGAUCUGCAAGGUGGACUCUUUGCCCGUGACCCUCCUCAUGUUGGCCUAUCUUACUCAUCCUUGUCGUCAUCCCUUUCAGCAACACUUCCGCUGCAAAACGAGAGCCCCCCUCUACAGCCUCCCUCUUUUACCCAAGUGAGGGCCAUCUUUCGGGUCACUGAGCUGCAAGUGCAGUUGAGCGGAGACCUUAGCCAAGGAUGCCAAGGGUUGGUCAGUCUGCGCUUUCAAGACCUGGUGGGAGACUUCACCAAAGAUCAUCCCCAUUCAGUUUCCAUCCAACUAGCCCUUCACUCCUUGUUAAUGGAAGAUCUGCUAGAGUCAAACCCUGAAUCAAAGUACAAACACCUCAUGGUGUCCAGAGGUGCUCCAAAGCCCUCCACCUUCAGUCCAAAGGAAUACCUGUCACAAUCUUGCCCAACAACGUCCAAUGUUCUGUACCCAGAAAUGCCUCGUUCUCUUCCAGCACAAUUUGAAGAGGCACAGAAUGUUUUCCAGCUCUAUCAGAGGCACCCCAGUACACCAUCUGCACCCAGUCGGAAGAGCAAAGAGGAUGCAGAGUGCCCCAGCACCCCUCCUCCAUCCCCAUCCCACCAAACUCCGUCUCCACACCCACGAGCAGACUUUGAUGAUACUUUGGUACAUAUCAACAUGCUAAUGGUUGAUAGGCGGCACCCAGAGUUUAAGACACGAUAUGGCAGCAUCGGCCGUAGUGUAGAUGUGGACUUCAACUGCCUGGAUAUUCUCAUCACACUGCAAACCUGGGUCAUGAUUCUAGACUUCUUUGGCAUCGGCUCUACUGCUAAUAACCAUGCUGUGAAAGUGCCUUCCACCACACCUCAGCCUAUACCUGAACACUCAUUGGAAAAUAGUACCCUCAAUGAUCUGGGAGAUUUGUAUACAGAGAUUGAGGAAAGGGUCAAUACAAAGCUAGAUUUAAAGGUUCACUCUUUAUCACUGGUACUGAGGAAGAAGUCCAACGAGCUUGCUAAAGCUAGUGUCUCUAAACUGUUUACGCAUAUGGAAAUGAUUGAUGGAAAUCUGGCAUUGCAAGGAAGUCUGGGUAGUUUGUCAUUGAGUGAUUUGACACCCCAUGGGGAUCUAUACAGAGAGCGAUUCACAACACAUGGUGGAGAUGCCCUUGUCUAUGACAUACACAAGUAUGGUGAACCUGACCCCUAUUUGCUGCGGGAAUAUGAUAUGAAGGUGUCUCUUCAGAUGGCCUCAGUACAGUAUGUCCAUACCCAGCGCUUCCAGGCUGAGGUGGUGGCCUUCAUCCAACACUUCACACAGCUACAGGAUGUCCUUGGCAGGCAGAGAGCAGCCGUUGAGGGUCAGGCUGUGCGUGAGCACCCACAGCGAGCUGCUCGUGUACUGCUGGACAUUGAGGCAGGUGCUCCCGUCCUCUUGAUCCCCGAGAGCUCCCGCUCUAAACGCCUAAUAGUGGCCAACCUGGGCCAACUCCGAGUGCGUAACCGCUUCCUGCCUGCUGGCGCUCAUGGCACCUUCUCUCUCAGAGAUAAGGAUCGAGUGAAGAAUGCCCAGUCUGCCUCUGAUGAUGGGAAGACUAGUGAUAAAAAGUCUUCAAGUUCCAGCACAAUUUCUGGAUUUACCCUGGGCAGACCCCAGCCUGGCCUGGGAUCUAUCCCAGAAGCAGAUGUGCCAUCAAGUCCAGAAGACCAUGUGUGUCUGCUGGACUGUAUAGCUCUGGAUCUUCAGGAGAUGGACAUAUUUGCAGCAAAGCGGUUGCCCUGUGAGCUAUGGGACAAUGUUGGAAAGCAUCUGGAAACAGACUUGGUCUUCCCAUCCUACUCAGUGCGUAGGAGUGGAGAGAGGCUGCUAAAGGAGCACUGCCAUCUAAAGCUGAAAGUGGAGCGCAACCUUGACAAGGAACUGAGUCAUGCUGUCCCGGACAUGUCCAUCCACGGCAGCCUGUCUUCUGUCCACUGUUCCUUAGACCUGGAGAGGUAUCAGCUGAUCCGUGGACUCUUGGAGCACAACUUGGGAGAGCCUGUGGAGGAGUUCCUCAGACCUUACAAUCUCCAAGACCCCAGCACCUAUACUGUGUUAAGUGGCGAUGUGUACACAUCCCUGUCUCUUCUGGUGGACAUGAAGGAUGUCAGUCUGGAGUUACUGGACAACCCUAAAUCCACAGGUCAUAGCCACUCAUUGGCCAGGUUUGACUUUAUGAAAUCAAAGCUCCUGUUCGAGAGUUUCUCUAAUAGCUCCAAGUCUGUGAAUCUGGUGUCUCAUUCACUCCUGGCACAUGACACGCGAUUCACUGGGAGCAGUGGACCCACAGAAGGGAAACACAAUGUGUUUGAUUGCAUUCUGCAGCCAUCCAGGACUGGCACCAACCGAGCCUCACUGCAGCUGGAGCUACACUACAGAUCUACGCGGGACUCCUCAUGCUUCACUGUGGUUUUAAACAAUCUGCGAGUUUUCCUCAUUUUUGAUUGGCUACAGCUGGUGAGGGACUUUUUGCACAUGCCUGCAGAAAAAGGAACAGCGCCUACCCACCAGUGCUGGCCUAGUGGCAGCAGUGACCAAGGUGGCACAGGGGCCGUCAUGCCCAAAACAGUCAAGAGUGGUGUGGUCACUAAGCGAUCCACUGUGCCAGUCACUCAAGAUAAAUACCUGGAGGUCAAAAUCAAUGUGACAGGGACAGAGUUUGUGGUCGUUGAAGAUUCUUCAUGUUUGGAUACCAAUGCUAUCAUUCUGAAAGGCACUACUGUGCUCACAUACAAGCCUCAACUUCUGGACAGGCCUUUCUCUGGCAGCUUAGCAGGCAUUGAGGUAUUCUCCUGUCGACUGGGGAGCGAACAGGAAACAGCUUUGUCUAUCAUUGAUCCUGUCAAUGUACAAAUGGAGCUCUGUGGGAGCCCAACGUACCAGAGCAGUUCAGGACUCCUCGAUGCCUUCAACAUAGAGGACUUUCCACCUCUCUUGGAGAUCCAGUUUCCAGCUCUAGACAUCCGUCUUUCCUACAAUGAUGUGCAGCUUUUCCUGGCAAUAGCUAAGUCCAUUCCGACCACAGGAUCUGCCACUGAAGCUGAGAGUACAGCGUCCACUGCCAGCACAGACACCCCAUCCAAAUCAAAGGACAGCUUCAGGCUCAAGACAGAGGCUUUACUGGAAGGUCAGUUUAAACGGUUGCAGGAUCUUGGGUUCAGAAGGGAAGACUGCAGACGGGCACUCAUUCACUGUAAAGGUCAGUUGGACCAAGCUGCCACAUGGUUGUGGGAGAACGCAGAGAGCAUGUCCGGCCGAAGCCGAACUGACUCAGACUCCAGCAGCCACUCGGCUCCUCCCCUAUCUGGAGUGGAAGUGAAGGCCGAGAGCGUGUGUAUCUGCUUCAUCGAUGACUGCCUAGACUGUGACGUCCCUCUGGCAGAGCUCACCUUCUCACGUCUUUAUGUUCUCCAGAGGAUUGGGUCUAUGCAGGAAGGCAAGGCUAGUUUCACUCUGUCUGGAGAUUAUUACAACAGAGAAUUUUCAGGCUGGGAGCCAUUCAUAGAAUCUUGGCCAUGUUUCCUGGAUUGGCAGCGACAGGCGGCAGGCCGGCUCCAUCCUCCUCGCCUGAAGAUUGGAGUUCGAGCCAAGCAGAGGCUGGAUGUCAACAUCACCUCUGUCUUACUGGAGCAGUACAGCACCACCAAGACUUCGUGGUUAGCAGAUUACUGCAAGGAAGACGAGCAGUCGCCACAGUCCUCCGCCGCCCUGUCUUGGAUGGGAUCAUCAGUGGACCCCCCCUCCUUUGGCCAGAGUCUUCCUCUUGCCUACCUUAGAACUAGAAGCUCUACCAGCUUGACUUGCCUCGAGCAGCAGAUUCAUGCCCGAGUAGAUAUGAAGCUUUCCAAGAGGAGGCAGCCAUUUGUGCCCUAUGCCUUACGCAACCAUACUGGCUGCACAAUGUGGUUUGCUACUCUCACUACCACACCAACCAGAGUGGCGCUGUCUCAUAGCAGUAGUGCUGGCUCCAUAUCUGAUGUGCAUGGGCCUGGGACCGAUGAUACGCACAUCAGCAGCCAGUGGAGAGAGGUGCUGCCAGGGGAGGAGAUCCCAUUUGAGUUUGAGGCCCGGGAGAAACUGAGACACAGACACACACAUGAGCUGAAACUCCACCAGCUGCUGGUGCGUGUUGUAGGCUGGGAGCAGGUGAAGCCAGUGUCAGUGGACAAGGUUGGAGUGUUCUUCCGCUAUGCUGCUCCUGAUCGAAACAACCCCUCGAGCACUGUUGGCAGCCCAAUUAGCAGAACCAACAUCAUACACCCUCAUGUAUAUUUCUCAGCUUUGCCGCCUGUUCGAGUGGUUUUCUCUAUCACUAUGGAGGGCAGUGCACGUAAGGUCAUUACGGUGCAGUCAGCACUCACAGUGAAGAAUCGCCUUGAGGUUCCCAUGGAAGUGCGACUAGACAGUCCUUCGGCUCCGGACAAACCUGUUGUCCUGCCACCCAUCCUGCCUGGAGAGGCCUUGGCCAUCCCUCUCCAUCUGACCUCUUGGAGGCUUCAGGCGAGACCUAAAGGCUUGGGGUUGUUCUUCUGCAAAGUGCCCAUCCAUUGGACCUCUGUGGAGCGGCCUGGUGAGGUCGGCAGCAGUAAGAGAGAGUGCCAGUCAGCAGACUUUGAUGAACAACUCAAGCGCAACUUCAGGUUUUGUGUUGUCAUUAAAAAAGAGAACUACCCCAAUCAGCAGCCUGCCAAAACCGUGGCAGGAGGUACAAAGCAGAUCUACCGCCAACCAGGUCACACCAUCUAUCUGCUGCCCACCCUAGUGCUGGCCAACCUUCUUCCCUGUGACCUUAACUACUACAUCAAAGGGACCUCAAUCAAGGGAACCAUGAAACCAGGCAAAGAGGCAGUUCUGCAUGCAGCAGACACGUCACAAAAUAUAGAAUUAGGUGUUCUCCUGGAGAACUUUCCUAUGUGUAAGGAGCUGCUCAUCCCCCCCGGUACACAAAACUAUGUGGUGCGCAUGCGGCUAUAUGAUGUCAACAAACGGCUGCUCUGUCUCACCAUACGGAUUGUUCUCAGAGCCCAUGGAGCAUUAAAAAUCCUCAUCUCCGCUUCCUAUUGGCUUGUCAACAAGACUGGGCUGCCUCUGAUCUUCCGCCAGGACAAUGGGAAAACGGAUGCCGCUGGGCAGUUUGAGGAGCAUGAGUUAGCCAGGAGUUUGAGCCCAUUGCUCUUUUGCUACACUGACAAAGAGCAACCCAAUAUGUGCACCAUGCGGAUCGGUAAAGGGAUCCACCCAGAUGGUGUUCCAGGAUGGUGCCAGGGUUUCUCUCUGGAUGGGGGGAGUGGAGUGAGAGCAGUCAAAGUCAUCCAGCAUGGUAACAGACCUGGACUCAUCUAUAAUAUAGGAAUAAAUGUGAGAAAAGGGAAGGGGCGUUAUCGUGACACACACAUUGUGACCUUUGCUCCACGAUACCUGCUUGACAAUCGAUCAUCUCACAAGUUAGCCUUCUCUCAGCGGGAAUUUGUUAGAGGAAAGGGUACAGCAAAUCCAGAGGGAUAUAUCUCCACCCUGCCAGGCUCUAGUGUUGUAUUCCACUGGCCCAGAAAUGACUAUGAUCAGCUUCUCUGUGUCCGUCUCAUGGAUGUUCCCAACUGCACCUGGUCUGGAGGUUUUGAGGUCAACAAGCCUAAAUCUUUCCACAUCAACAUGAGGGACACUUUGGGAAACUGCUUCUUCCUCCGUGCUGAGAUUGUUUUGAAAGGGGCAACAUAUCAAAUCUCAUUCAGUGACACUGACCAGCUGCCCCCACCUUUCCGUAUAGAUAACAUCUCUGAAGUGCCUAUCCAGUUCUGGCAACAUGGAGUGGCUGAUAUCAGGCUACACACAGAGGUAAAAGCUGGGGCGGUUCUGGACUAUGCCUGCGAUGAACCCAUUCUUCAACCCUACAUCACCCUCACUGUGAAGGGAGCUGGAUCCUCCGAGGUUACUGCUGACAUGAACUUCUUCAGAGAAUACAACAAGCUCUACUAUGAGAACUUCAUCUACAUUGCUGCAUCCUUCACAUUCUCAGAGGAUGCAGGAAAGAGGCCAGUGGGGAAGAAACGGGUGGUCAGCUGUGCUGAACUGGUGUUGGAUGUGGAGACGAAAACACAGAGAGUCAUCCUGAAGAAAAAGGAGCCUGGAAAGCGCUCCCAGCUUUGGCGGAUGACAGGAACAGGAAUGCUCUGUCAUGAGGGCUCAUCUCCUCCACAGAGCAAACCUUCUCAGCCUCGUCCCCUCAGUUCAUCUUUAGUGCUUGACAUUGCUGGACUGGCUGCAGUGACAGACAACAGCUAUGAGCCUCUGAUGUUGAGACGGCCAGACUGCCGCCGCAGCACCACACAGACAUGGCACUUCAGCUCUGGCAUGUUGACCUGUGGUUUACCCAGACUAGUCGUCCAGGUAAGAGGGGGAGUGUCUGGGCUAUAUGAUGGUGCUGAGGUGGUACUGGGACCAGACUCUGGUGUUUUGGAACCGUUACCAGAGCAACAGUUUAUCAACCAGAAAAUGAGACCUGGCUCAGGGGUUCUGUCUGUACAGGUCCUGCCUGAUGGGCCAACGCGAGUACUGCAGAUCAGUGACUUCAACCAACGGCGCAUGAAUAGACCCUCUCCCAGCACGGAGGAAGACCAGAAUAAAGAGAGCGCUCAGAAGAAAGUUCCUGAGGAGGAGCUUGAGGUGUUGGUGAACCUAGAGGAAGGCGUGGGCCUGUCACUGGUGAAUAAGCUCCCUGAAGAGCUAGUUUUUACCACUCUGUCUGGCAUUGAUGUGCACUUCACCCACACCGCUACCAGCCAGGUGCUGGAACUCACAGUGAAAGACAUUCAGGUGGACAACCAGCUCCUGGGCACAACUCACCCUGUUAUGCUGUGUGUGACUCCAGGCUCCAGUGAAAGUUCUGCAGUGGACUCAGGCCCUGCUUUGCAGGUCAACUCUGUUAAAGUGCCCAGCAGUCUUAUGCUCACAGAUCUUUAUAAGCAUCUGAUGGUCACAGCCCGCCGCUAUACUGUCAUCAUUGAGGAGAAGCUCUUAAUGAAACUGCUCAUAUUCUUUGGCUACGGUCAGACAGAGGGAGAGGUGGAGAAGCUGGAUGAGAAACUUUAUGAGAAAACAAAUGAAGAUGCAGGAUCUCCAAAGCAUUAUUAUUUUGAGAACUUGAAGAUCAGUCUUCCUCAGGUCAAGCUGAGUGUCUUCACCUCUCACAAGUUGCCCCCUGACCUUAAGGCUUUGAAGGGAACCCUUGGAUUCCCACUCAUUCGGUUUGAGGAUGCAAUCAUUAACAUGUACCCCUACACUCGAGUCCAUCCCUAUGAGACGCAGGAGAUGAUCAUCAAUGACAUCCUCAAGCACUUCAAAGAGGAGCUGAUCAGUCAGGCAGCUCAGAUCCUGGGCUCAGUGGACUUCCUGGGUAACCCCAUGGGCCUACUGAACGAUGUUACUGAGGGUAUGAAUGAACUUUUCAAGUAUGGCAACGUUGGAGGACUCAUCCGCAGUGUUACACAUGGUGUUUCCAACUCAGCUGCCAAGUUUGCAGGUACCUUAUCAGAUGGAUUGGGCAAGACAAUGGACAAUCGCCAUCAGACUGAACGAGAGUGCAUUCGCUAUCAUGGAGCAACUAGUGGAGAGCACCUAGUGGCAGGGAUUCAUGGUCUUGCUCAUGGCAUCAUUGGUGGUCUGACCAGUGUGAUAACGUCAACAGUGGAGGGAGUGAAGACUGAGGGAGGUGUCAGUGGAUUUUUCUCUGGUCUGGGGAAGGGAUUGGUUGGCACAGUGACAAAACCUGUGGCAGGAGCCCUGGAUUUUGCCUCAGAAACAGCACAAACUGUCCGAGACAUGGCCAGCCUAAGCAACAGGCUGAGCGUGCAGCGAGUAAGGAAGCCACGCUGCUGUAAGGGCCCUCAGGGGCUGCUGCCUCGCUUCUCCUCCCUACAAGCAGAUGGACAAGAACAGCUAUUUCACUUAACGGACAAUAUCCACUCUGAAUAUUUCAUUGCAGUGGAGCCCAUAGACACAUACUGUGUGCUGAUCUCCUCCAAAGUGGUAUAUUUCCUCAAGCCUGGAGAAUUUGUGGAUCGUGAUGCAAUCUUUUUAGAGGUCAAAUAUGAUGAUCUCUAUCAUUGUCUGGUGUCCAAGGACCAUGGGAAAGUAUAUGUACAGCUUACUAAGAAAGCAGAAAACACCAGUAGUGGAGUGGCCAUUCCAGGUCCAUCACACCAGAAACCUAUGGUCCACGUGAAAAGUGAGAGCCUUGCCAUCAAGAUUUCACAAGAAAUCAAUUACGCCAAGAGCCUUUACUAUGAACAGCAGCUCAUGCUGCCUCCCAGUGAGAAUGAGGAUAUCUUAUUAUUAGACUCUUAACUACACUGACCCGCAGGGUAGAAGGUGUUUCUCGCUCAUUUUUCAACAGCUACUUCUUUUUUUCUGUUUCUUUGGAAGGACGGUAAUAAAUCAGCAGAGCGUGAUCACCCAUUUAAGCCAGUGUUUGGGACAUGCUCACAGCAUGUGGUUUGUUCAGUGAUGCAAACUAGUCUAGAGGGGCUGCUGUAAGAUCCGGCAAGCACAGAUUUAACUUCAAUAUAUGCAAGCAUUUUAAGUUCUUUGCAAACCUUAGAAGUAUAAUUAAUUUUGUUUAUUUUACGACUGGUAAAAUAACUGGUGUUUGCUGCUAGAUGUACACGGCUAUUCUGACACUGUAUAUGUUUGUGUAUAGAUUCUCUAUGUACAUAUAUAGGCACACACCAGUAGGACUAUCUGCCAUGUAUAUAUAAUGUUGAAAAUAAGAAUAUGCUAUGAAAUUAAUCUUGGAUUGUUGUACAAAACUGCCUUUAAAAGAAAGUUAAUUUUGCUCUGAAUAUGUGAGUGAUUGGAGGUUGAUUGAAUUGCACUGAUACGAAUGUUAGGAAACUUAAGCUGCUCUCACCAUUCCCCGGUGAGCCAACAUGAACACAAACACACAAUACAGAGAAUGAGUGUUGUAAAUACGGUCAUUGCAUUUUUCACCUCUCCACACACAGUCCACCCGCAAAAGCAUCUGUCUGAUGUUUUUCUUCCCCCAGUCUCUUAUUUUCUUGUCUUCUAUAUCCAAUUUAAGGAAGGUAAUGAAAAAUAAGAAUGAACAAUUUCAUGUUUCUUCAUUUUUCUAGUUUCCCCGAAGAUCUUUUACAAGUUCAAGUGUAAGAUAUGAAACACAUUUAACAUAUUUCAUCAUAAAAUAAUGGUAUACUGUAUCACACAUAAAAUUAUGAUUCUCUGCCUUUUGUGUGCUCUUUCUGUCAUGUAAUCAAUAUGAAAUUUUGUCAUCCGUUAUUUUCACAUCACAAAGAGACAAUACUUUAUUGUAUUUCAUUUUUCUCCAUCUCAAACACUUAUUUUACUGUUUUAAAUUGAACAUUAUCAAGUAAUUCAUUAAGUUUCACUGAAUGAAUCUAUUCAUUUUAAGUUGUUACAAGUUGCUACCAAAGAUCAGACAUGUUUUCUCUUUUAAAGAGUUACCUUCCUCGCUUAUACAUAUACUGGUCUAUCAAAAAAAAUGUAGAUUUUUAACUUCUGUGACAGUGCCUCUGAAAACACUGGUCAGUAUAAUUUAGGAUAAUAUGAACAAUGCACCUAAUGUGUUUUCUAAGUUGUCUGUUAUAUUUAAAUAUUGAUAUGUUGAAUACAACCCUACAAAGCUGGUUUCCUCUAUAACUGCACAAAACUGCAAAGUAAAUAUAGUGUGUAAAUUUGUUUUAAUAUGCAAAUGUAUAAAGCAAAAUAAAAGUUAUGGUUUAACA